GAUGUCUGAUACCUAAGAAGCUUCUUCUGCGUUCUUUCACACCAUCAAUGGUGUUUCGAGAUGGAUGACUGAAAUCAUAAUGAAUAAUCUCUUUUUUCCUUUCUCCAUUCGCGUCGUUUAACCUUCUACUCAACCAAAACCUUUACUGACUCAGCGUCAUUACGGCCUUCAAAGUGAUUUGUUGUCAUUAAGGUCUCAAUUAACUCCAUCCCCCCCCCCCCCCCCCACUCCUUCCACGAUAUCACAUUCAUUGCAUCUCCCAUUUUCUUCCAGUCGGUGAUUCUGGAGCUAUAAAUAGUUUAGUUUGUCUUCAUGAAAUUCAUCACUUUGUUCCUCACAAUCAUAUUGACACCAAAACCUUUCGCAGAGUAUAGUGGCAAACUUCUCUCUCCUUCUUGCUGACUUCAAAGACGAUGACUGCAGCACCACCGCCGAACUGCGGCUUCUGGAAUUUUGGAAGGCAGAAAUGUGACAAAUCCUCUGUUCCGACGAUCCACUUCACCAAUCCUCCCUUCUCUUUCCAAUCACACAAGAAAAAGUUCCUCGAAAGUUCCUCGAUCCAAGCGAUAUUAGCUUAUAUCCUUGCCUACACCUGAAAACGAGUUCCACUAUUUUAGAAUCUCUAAUCGGUGUUGUAGAUAUCCUCAAGUAUAUGAUUCUCAUGUUCAAAGUGUUCUUAAGAUUAUGUUCAUAGUCUUCUUUUGUUAUUAGACUCAUGUUCAUAGUGUUCUUAAACUAAACAUUAUGAAACUGUUAUUCAGAUCUUGAUUAACCAUCGUCUGAAAGAUUUAUUUAGAAAUCGUUUGUGAUUUUGUGAUAGUAUGUUUAUAGUGAACUUCGAUGAUCUCUCUAUUUUUAUUUAUCUGUUGAUCUUUUUAAUGAUGGUGAAUUACAGGAGACAGGGCUAGAGCCAUAACGACUCCAUCAGAUCUGACUGUGUUGGGCAGAUCUUCGGAGAAUCUCACGGUUUCGGCGAUUCUUGAUUGGUUCAACAAUGGCGGCAGUGAAGAUGGUGGUAUUAACAAAUGUGUGAUCGAAAGGUUCGACAAGGAAGCUGCUGAGAUGUACAAGAGGUCCUUCAAGUACGUCUGGGUGUUGGGUAUCACCAUUGAUAUUGCUCUCCCGAAGUUUGAGCCCACUAAGUAGCAUUGCACUGUCAUUGAUGCUUAUGGACAUCUUGAUUUCAUCAAGAACAUGAUUAGAGCUGAAGUCGAUUGGAGACAGAAGAGAGAGUUUCUUUUGGAGAAAAGGGUGAAAGGCGUGGACGUGAAGGAAGCUCUGCGGUUACAGAAAGAGAACAACUUUUUGAUUCUUGAUGUUAGACCAGAGGCAAAGUACAAGGAUGCUGAAGGGUCAUCCCCCGGGAGCUAUCAAUGUGGAGAUGUACAGACUGAUACGGGAAUGGACGCCAUGGGACAUAGCUCGCCGUCUUGGAUCUGCUUUCUUCCGUAUCUUCUCUGGCACUGAAGAGAAUCCAGAGUUUAUUCAAAGUAUAUGCUCUUUAAUGAGAUCAAAAGCUUUGUAUUCAUUUACCAUUAAUAUACUCUGUUGAUACGCUGCUAAAACAGAUGCACGUCUUUUUGUUGUUUGAUGUGGUAAUCUCUCCCAUUUCUUUUACAUACCAAGUAAUGGGACCUAAUGGUAAUUGCAUUUAUCUAUAUUC